GGUUCCAGAAGAUCGUUGAUCACUUGACCUUCUGUCGCCGCCGGCUCUUGGGACUCUUUUGGAAGGAGUUCAAUCCAAAACGUUCGGGUAAUUCCCACAAAGAAGGUUAUGGAUUGCCGACAAAAGAGGUUGACCCUGUGCAUAUGCCCGUCGGUAAGCGAAUUGGUCUGCAGGUUGUUGGAGACCAAUUCUUAGGUAACGACUACAGUACAGUAUGUACUGUACAUUGGAUAGGUUUUCUAUGUGGGUGGGAAAAUAUCCGGAUGGUCCAUAUGGUUAUGAUGUCCAGGAUAGUAUUUGCUCUUUGCUGUGUGUGUAUACAACUGGUAGCCCUAGAAACCUGGCAAAUGUUUAUGUAUACAUGCUUGGGAGUAUCAUUGUUAUUGUUAUUUGUUAUUGUUGUCAAAUAAAUGAUUAUUACUUUUACUCCGUAGUCAUAGGUGAGAGGAGAGUGAU